AUGGAACUGCAUCAUGUCUACUAUCCGAACGAAGGGCCCGUUGGGGCGCGUUACUACGGUAAAACUAUGCUCGGCUGCCUUGAAAUCACCAAGCAAGCAACGCAGCUCUGCCUGGACGCUAUCGAUGCGGUUCCAUUCUCCGGUAGAGGGAGCUGCUUCCGGAUCGCAGACUUUGGCGCCGCAGACGGAGGCAACUCUAUGGCACUCGUUAAACUCCUCAUCGGCGUGAUCCCUAAGCCGGAGAGCUAUCUAAUAGCACAUCCAGACGUUCGUGUCUUCGCCAGUGGAACGUCCUUCUACAAGCAAUGUUUCUCCAACAACUCCAUCCAGUUUGGUUUCUGUAUGUCUGGAAUGUUUGUGCUGUCACGACUAUAUCUAUCUAUGUCGGCAUUGCCUUUCAUCUCCAGGCCCUGCAAUAUAACCGACGGUCUUCACAGUACAGAGAUCACCGUAGCCGAGGAACGAGAGAUGUUCAAGCGGCAGGCGGCCGAGGAUUGGGAGAACAUACUCGUACAUAGAGCCAGAGAGCUGCAGCCAGGAGCCCGGCUUGUCAUAGCGAACUACGCUGCUGACGCAGAUAAUCAGAGCAUGGGACGUACCAAGCGUAUCAAGCACAACAUGUUUAAACACAUGACGGAUAAGUGUCGUACGCUGAUGGAUGAAGGCAUCAUUACCAAGAAAGAGUUCCAGAAUAUGAACGUCAAAACCUACUUUCGCACGGAGAAGGAACUAGAGAAGCCUCUAAUAAACGCCGAUUCUCCUGUUUACAAGCUUGGUCUCCGUCUGGAAUCGAUUGAAAUAAAGCUGGUCAACUGUUACUUCUACGACAGAUGGCUUGCAAGCGGCAUCGAUGGUAACGCUGCUGCGGCCCGCGCUCACGCACAGUCGUACGUGCGUUCGAUUCACAUAUGGGGGAGGAACGUGCUUUUACAGGGUUUAUCCGAUAUCCGCACUCCUCACGAGAAGGCAAAAAUCGUCGAUGCCUUCUUCCAGAGUUACGAGGAUGACGUGGCUAAGCAUCCAAGAGACCACGGCAAGGACUAUGUCAUUGCCUACCUUCAUAUCAAAAAGCUGGAAUAA